CUUAUCAGGAAGAAGGCAAGUUAACCUAAUAGAGGAAAAUUAAUAGUUAAGUAAACCCAGGUGGAAUAAUACAAUUCAUAUUAAAUUGAUAAUAUCAUAAUUCCAUAUCUAUUAUAUCAUAUUAAAUAGAGGAAUGUCACUUUCUAUACAGAAUCGUACGUUUGAAUUCCAACAAUGUGUAACUUCAUACGAUAAAAUUAAUCGAAAACAUAAUGGAGGAGCUAUUCCACGAGUGACUCCUACAAGUUGGCCAACUAAAAAAUCUAAAUUUAGUGAACAAGCCAGUAUUAUUGCAAAAGAUAUUGUUCAUGUAACUGAAUUAUUAAGUAAAUUAUCAUUAUUAGCUAAACGAAAGCCAUUAUUCGACGAUAAACCUGUUGAAAUAGGAGAAUUAACUUAUGUUAUCAAACAAGAUAUAUUUAAGAUAGAACAAAGUAUACAAAAUUUACAAAAAUAUGUUAAAGGAGAAAGUAGUAUCCAAGUGGAUUCACAAAUUUCUCAAUUUUCAAAAAAUGUAUUAAAUCUUUUAAAUUCUAAAAUGAAGAAUGUUAGUGGAGAGUUUAAAAAUGUAUUGGAAAUUAGACAAAAGAAUGAAAUCUUAAAUAAAAGUCGUACAGAAAACUUUUUAUCAGCUGCCAGUACUCAUCGUUCAAGUAAUAAUCCAUCACCAAUGGUAGCAGAUUCACCACUUUCUAAUUUAGGUGAAAAUCCUUAUUUAUCAAGAAGUACUCAAUCAACUCCAUUAGCAUAUGAUCCAGAUAUGGAUCCCGAUAUUUCAGUUCCAUAUUCUAAUGGAAAUAGUAAUGGAGGAGAAUAUUUAUCAAUACCUAAUCAAACUCAACAAUUACUUUUAUUAGAAGAACAAGGUGGACAAUAUUUACAACAAAGAAAUAGAGCGGUAGAAACUAUAGAAUCUACCAUUAAUGAAGUAGGAAAUUUAUUCCAACAAUUAGCUACAUUAGUUAGUGAACAAGGAGAACAAAUACAAAGAAUAGAUGAAAAUAUAGAAGAUACAAGUCUUAAUAUCACUGGAGCUCAACGAGAAUUAUUAAAAUACUAUGCUCAUAUUACUAGUAAUAGAUGGUUAUUCCUUAAAAUUUUUGGAGUAUUAAUAUUUUUCUUCUUGAUCUGGGUAUUAGUUAGUUAGUUAGUUAGUGAGUUAGUUUAUUUGUUAGUCAAUUAGUUAGCAAAAACUGUUAAUAGUAUAAUAUAUCAUUAGUCAAUAUUA